CUUCCUGCUUCAAGCAGCGAUCUUCCCGUCUCAUCGCGCAGAUAUCGGAUGGCGCCUCUGGUGGUGGCGAACUCUUCGGUCGUUCAUCCCCAGCAGCUCUGCCUCCCUCCCCGCCUUCGCCGGUGGAGAUUCUCGCUCCCCUCCCCCCGCUGCACCUACUCCGGUGAACCAUUACUGCCAGGCGUUGCGGACCCGUUGGGGAAUUCCACCGAGCGUUCCAAGGGCAAAGGCAGGGUCUUUUUCUUGGACGUUAAUCCCCUGUGCUUUGAUGGAUCCCAGCCCAGUCUUCGUUCCUUCGCUCGAUGGGUCGACCUCUUCUUCUCCCGAGUGAGCCUACGUGAUCCUGUUAUUGCUGUUCUGGACGGUGAAGAAGGGAACGAGUAUAGAAAGCGCUUGUUGCCUUCGUAUAAAGCACACAGGAGCAAAUACCUGAGGAGGUCGAGGAUUUUUGGGAAUGCCCGUCAGGAUUUCCUUAGCACAACGGAGCCACAAAUAGUGGAUGUUCUCCUGAAGUGCAAUGUGCCAGUAAUUAAAGUUCAUGGAUAUGAGGCUGAUGAUGUAAUAGCUACAUUAACAGAUCAAGUUUUACAAAAAGGACUGCGAGUUGUUAUUGGCUCUCCUGAUAAAGAUUUCAAGCAGCUGAUAUCUGAGGAGGUUCAAAUUGUCAUGCCCUUACCUGAUAUUGGUCGAUGGUCAUUCUACACAAUCAAACAUUACAUUGAUCAAUAUAAGUGUGAUCCAAGUUCAGAUUUGAGCCUUCGGUGUUUCAUGGGGGAUGAAGUUGAUGGUGUACCUGGGAUUCAGCAUUUAGUUCCUGGAUUUGGCCGAAAUACAGCAAUCAAACUUCUGAAAAAACAUGGCUCUUUAGAAGAUUUACUUAGUGCAGCUGCAGUAAGAACAGUUGGCAAGCACUAUGCACAAGAUGCUCUCAUUAAGCAUGCUGAUUACCUGAGAACAAAUUACAAGGUUCUCAGCCUGAGAAGGGAUGCUAGUAUUCAGAUUGACGUUGAUUGGUUAUCAGAAAGAAGCACAUUCAACGAUUCAGUGGCAUUGUCAGAUUUCCUCAGAAAGUUGGGGGAAAGACAUGAAAGACAGAAGCUAUAUAAGAGAUGACCAAUUGCAGUGGCUUGUUUCCAAGCCCCAAAUACCGGUGAUAGUUUCGGAUGCCGUUUAACUCAUCAAAGCUGAUAACCUUUGUCAAUCUUCCUUUGAAACUAAGCAGCUCCUGAUGCAUAGGUAUCCUCAUGAUAAGUUCCUAUGGACAGACUUCGAUUGUUCUAACUGGUGGUGGUAGCCUUCUUAGGGUUUCAAGUAGGGAACUCACCAUACAGAGCUCUUCCUAUACAAAGCCUUGAAGCUGAACCCAAUCUUCCUUGCUAAAGAUCAUAUUUCUUACAAAAUGUUUUUGAGUUGAUAUUGCUAGUCAACGUCUCAGUGCGCCAUAGUUGGAAUUCAAAUUAUGAAUGCUUGGGAAACUACUCGAGCGUCUUAUCAUUGCAUCAUGACCCGAGGGGUUAAGAUAAAAAACCUCUAACCCCGAGAUGAGAUUAUGGUGCGAUGGUUAGGUGAAACAUAUUACAAUUGAGGAGUUUAAAAAUUUACUGAGCCGUUCAUCAAGAUUCCUCUGCGCUUCUCUAUUUAUCUUGAUGGUCGGUGUGAAAUUGGUAGGUGUGAAACUUACAAGUGAAGGAGCAAGACCAACAAGAGCGCGUGCUAAAAUUGUAGAGUUUGUUAAACAUUAAUUGAUAGUCAACUUGUGUCAUGCUCUCAUUCAUAACAUCAA